CUUUUUCUUUUUCUUCAUUUUCUUCAUUUUCUUCUUAUACUCACUAACAAUAACAGAUGGAUACAAGUACUGUUACUCCGAUUGAUAUUGAUUCUUUAAGCACCAAGGCAAGAAGACGUAGGCGUACUACGCGCGAAGAAGCCGCCAUCCUCGAAGACUUUUACAGCAAGAACCCUAACCCGGAUUACAAACAGAAGGAAAUGAUUGCUGGUGUUGUCAAUAUGGGACCAAAAAACGUUCAUUUUUGGUUCCAAAAUCGAAGAGCAAAAGGUGGUAACAAAAACAGAAUGAUGAUCAAGUCAGAACAACAAGGCAAGUAAUGCUUUUACUCGUGUUACCAAUUAUUUUAUCACUGAUGUUGAAUCAGUGCAACAAAAUUCCGUCAGCCAAGCAUUGGUAUUGUCAAAUGGUCAGAUCGACCCCAAUUCUACACCUGUCACUAGAUACAUGCCACAACAGCAACCAGAUCUUUCUAUCCCGUUUUACUUUCAUCACGCGGAAUUUGGGAUUGCUGAAUGUAUGGUGCAAUGGGCCAAAGCCAAAUAUGAUUCAAACUGAAGCCGCACUUUUUACAUCGCCCUUUUCUUUUUUGCUUCAUAAAUAAAUAAAAAUAGGCGGGAUAGCUAAUGCUUAAUAUAUAUAAAGUAUACUUCAAUCGUGUGUGUGUGUGUGUAUUUGCGUGUUUUUUGAAAAGCGGUUUCGAUUUAACAUUUUGAAAGACAAAAG